AUGUUGCUCUUCAAGUUGAUAUUAUCGUCUGGUCUUUGCAAGGUUCUUUCGGGAUGCCCCAAGUGGUCAUCGUUGACGGCUAUGGAUUAUCACUUCUGGACACAACCCUUGCCCACUAUCAUUGGCUAUCACAUAAAUCGAAAGCUGACUCCUAGGAUUAGCCGUUUAAUGGUCUGGUUCACCUUGUUCGUACAGCUUUUCCCGGUUCCAUGGCUCCUUCUCCUCCCUUAUCCCUUCGAGGCGAUAGGUGCCCUGUGGAUCAUUCUGUUGAUGAUAUUGAUCGCCUUCACAGGCAAUUACGGCUUCUUCAAUUAUCUGACGUGUGCCCUCGCUUCCUCGGUAUCUUACCAUGGAACUUCUCGGGAUGAUCCUUAUCGCCUCGUAGAUGUGAUUUCUAUUUGUUAUGGCCUUGUUGUUGGCCUCGGAGUUGCCCAGCCUCUAUUGUACACCCUAGAUCCCAGCCAUCCAGCUUGUGCUUGGGCAUCGACCGUGAGUCAACAUUUGCGUCCUAUGGCCGUUGGUAGUGGAUAUGGAUUGUUCGCGCGUAUGACAACGUUCCGCAUGGAGCUCAAUUUUGAGGCUGAGGUUUCACCCGGUGGUCCUUGGAUCGAGAUUGCCUUCAAACACAAACCAGUAGAUCCUAAGAAUCCACCCUACUUCCUUCCGGUUGGCCACAUGCCCAGACUAGAUUGGCGGAUCUGGUUCGUUCCUCUUGGCCUUAUGCGAG